UUACUGGAAAAAAAGAACGAUUAGCCUAACUUGACCCGCUUCUGACAGCAGCGUGAGAAACAGAGCCAGACUCUCUCUCUCUCUCUCUCUCUCUCUCAACGCUCACCAGUCUCCACCAAAGCUUUUUAGGGAGAAAAAUGGCUACCCCAACAAGAAUUGGCCUUGCAGGCCUUGCUGUCAUGGGCCAAAAUCUCGCUCUCAACAUUGCUGACAAAGGAUUCCCUAUUUCUGUCUACAAUCGAACCACUUCAAAAGUUGAUGAGACUGUUGAACGAGCUAAAAAGGAAGGAAACCUUCCUGUAUAUGGCUUCCAUGAUCCUGAAUCCUUUGUUCAUUCGAUCCAAAAACCUCGUGUCAUAAUCAUGCUUGUUAAGGCCGGUGCACCUGUCGAUCAAACCAUCAAAACGCUAUCCGUUUACCUGGAGAAAGGAGAUUGUAUUAUUGAUGGUGGUAAUGAGUGGUAUGAGAACACUGAGAGGAGAGAGAAAGCCAUGGCUGAACUGGGUCUACUUUAUCUUGGAAUGGGAGUUUCUGGCGGUGAAGAGGGUGCUCGGCAUGGGCCCUCUUUGAUGCCUGGAGGUUCCUUUGAAGCCUACAAGUACAUAGAAGAUAUUCUUCUUAAGGUGGCUGCUCAAGUUCCUGACAGUGGCCCUUGUGUUACUUACAUCGGCAAAGGUGGAUCUGGCAAUUUUGUUAAGAUGGUUCACAAUGGAAUUGAAUAUGGUGAUAUGCAGCUUAUUGCAGAGGCCUAUGAUGUACUGAAAUCAGUUGGGAAGCUCUCUAAUAAGGAAUUACAACAUGUUUUCUCAGAGUGGAACAAGGGGGAGCUCCUGAGUUUCUUGAUUGAGAUUACUGCAGAUAUCUUCGGAAUUAAAGAUGACAAGGGAGAUGGGUAUUUGGUAGACAAGGUUCUUGAUAAAACUGGCAUGAAGGGUACUGGUAAAUGGACGGUUCAGCAAGCUGCUGAGCUGUCCGUUGCGGCUCCCACUAUAGCUUCAUCUUUGGAUUCACGAUUCCUCAGUGGAUUGAAGGACGAAAGGGUUGAAGCUGCCAAGGUUUUCAAAUCAAGUGGGGUUGGUGAAAUCUUAACUGACCAAGCUGUGGAUAAGGAAAAGUUGAUUGAUGAUGUGAGAAAAGCACUUUAUGCAUCCAAAAUAUGUAGUUAUGCCCAGGGAAUGAAUUUGAUCCGUGCAAAGAGCAUUGAAAAGGGAUGGGGCUUAAAAAUGGGGGAGCUGGCUAGAAUUUGGAAGGGAGGUUGCAUAAUCCGGGCUAUAUUUUUGGACCGUAUCAAGAAGGCGUACGACAGAAACCCAGACCUUGCAAACCUUCUUGUGGAUCCAGAGUUUGCAAAGGAGAUGAUUGAGCGACAGUCUGCUUGGAGAAGAGUUGUUUGCCUUGCUAUUAACUCAGGCAUCAGCACACCUGGUAUGUCUUCUAGUCUUGCUUAUUUCGACACAUACAGGAGGGAGAGGCUGCCUGCUAAUUUGGUCCAAGCUCAAAGAGAUUAUUUUGGCGCUCAUACUUAUGAGAGGACUGAUAUACCAGGUUCUUUCCACACUGAAUGGUUCAAGAUUGCUAAGCAGUCAAAGAUUUGAACUUCUUUUAGUUGUCUCCUAUGUCCUGCCAUAUUGAGCCAUCAUCAUUUAACUAAUAAUGCCCUUUUGUUACUCAAAACCGGGCAGUUACCUCUGCUACUGUGAAUGUUACUAUGUCUCUGAGAUUAGGUUGUUUCUGUUAAAUUGUCUGGUGAUAAUGCCUUUUUUUGAUUGUUGUGGAGUUCUGUUGCAGAUUUUCUGGCUCUGUUAUUCUGUAUUAAAGAAUGUAAUCCUUUUAGUCAUAUGAACCAUAUUCUAAAAUAAGAGUACUUAUGUUUGCCUUUUGCUA